AUGUCCAACAGCAGCCCCAUCACCCAGUUCCUCCUCCUGGAAUUCGCAGACACACGGGAGCUGCAGCUCUUGCACUUCUGGCUCUUUCUGGGCAUCUACCUGGCUGCCCUCUUGGGUAAUGGCCUUGUCAUCACCACCAUAGCCUGUGACCAGCACCUCCACACACCCAUGUACUUCUUCCUCCUCAACCUCUCUGUUCUCGACCUUGGAUCCCUUUCCACCACUGUUCCCAAAUCCAUGGCCAAUUCCCUAUGCAACACCAGGACCAUUUCCUAUGCAGGAUGUGCUUCCCAGGUCUUUUUCUGUUUAUUCUUGAUCACAGCAGAAUAUUCUAUUCUAACCAUCAUGGCCUAUGACCGCUAUGUUGCCAUCUGCAAACCCCUGCACUAUGGGACCCUCCUGGACAGCAGAGCUUGUGUCCACAUGGCAGCAGCUGCCUGGGCCUGUGGGUUUCUCCAUGCUCUGCUGCACACGGCCAGUACAUUUUCACUGCCCCUGUGCAAGGGCAAUGCUGUGGGCCAGUUCUUCUGUGAAAUCCCCCAGAUCCUCAGGCUCUCCUGCUCACACUCCUAUCUCAGGGAUUUUGCAGUACUUGUAGUUACUGCCUGUUUAGCAUUUGGCUGUUUUGUGUUCAUCGUGGUGUCCUACGUGCAGAUCUUCAGGGCCGUGCUGAGGAUCCCCUCUGAGCAGGGACGGCACAAAGCCUUUUCCACGUGCCUCCCUCACCUGGCUGUGGUAUCCCUGUUUAUUUGCACUGGUAUAUUUGCCUGCCUGAAACCCCCUUCCAUCUCAUCUCCAUUCCUGGACCUGAUGAUGGCAGUUCUGUACUCGAUUGUGCCUCCUGCAAUGAACCCCCUCAUCUACAGCAUGAGGAAUCAGGAGCUCAAGGAGUCCAUUAGGAAGGGGGUUUCAUGGUUGUUUGUCGGUGUUGAUAAACUUUCAAUGACUCUACAAAAAUGACCUCCAGUGUAUGCCAGUGCAGGCCUGAACUCUAUUUGUUGUUUUAUCCUUUUUAUUUUGUUAGCAUCACCUGUAUUGUUAUUUAUGGUUAUGAUGUUCUUACAUAAGCAUUUGUA